CCGUUUGAUCGCCGAGAUGGCACCACACCGGGACCGAGCCCACCCUCCAGUAGGGUUUUAUCUCUUCUCGUGUAGCCCACCACCUAGACCCAUCCUCCUCCCCUCACACUCCCUCCCAUCCCCGCCGCCGCCGCCGCCGCUCGCCUCGCAAGAUGGCGGUGCCUAUCCUGAAGACGGCGAUCGUGAAGAAGCGGGUGAAGCACUUCAAGAGGGCGCACAGCGACCGCUACAUCGGCCUCAAGCAAAGCUGGCGCAGGCCAAAGGGUAUCGACUCCCGUGUCAGGCGUAAGUUCAAGGGAUGCACCUUGAUGCCCAACAUUGGAUAUGGUUCUAACAAGAAGACCAGGCACUACCUUCCCAACAAGUUCAAGAAGUUUGUGGUGCACAACGUCUCUGAGCUGGAGCUGCUUAUGAUGCACAACAGGACGUACUGUGCUGAGAUCGCGCACAACGUGUCCACCCAGAAGCGCAAGGCGAUAGUGGAGCGCGCCGCCCAGCUCGACGUCGUGGUCACCAACAAGCUCGCCAGGCUCCGCAGCCAGGAGGAUGAGUGAAAUGUUUCGAACAGUAGCGCUUUUGGAUCGUUUUGUUCCCUGUAGCAGACUUAAUGCCGAAUCUGGAAUUUUCUCUUCUGUUCGCCUCGAGGAUUCGACGCUGUUGAACACCUUGCUAUCGAUGCUGGUCAUGCUAUCGUACCAUGGGCACGUCGACUUUGAUGUGAAGUCCGGGUUUGCCUUUAUUUAUCACCUAUGGAAAGAUUUUCUGUA